AUGGACAUCAAGACUCCAUCUGAGAAACCUGUUUCUGGCGCCGCUGUUCCGGACGCAGUGCACUCAUCAGCAAGUUCUCAUGAAAUCUCGUCCGAUGAGAAGCCCACUGUCUCCACCGCUGAGACCGUCCCGCAACCUGUCUCGCACAAUGACAUCGGCAAGGCCUACGACCCUAACCUCGCACCGCGAUAUACCAAGAAGGAGGAAGACGCUGUCAUACGCAAGCUCGACUGGCACCUUAUACCCCUGAUUUUCGUCCUCUACAGCUUGUCGGUGCUCGAUCGGUCAAAUCUGGGCAAUGCGCGGAUCUCAGGAAUGGAAGAAGAUAUUGAUCUCGAGGGGAAACGGUAUGAUUGGUUGGGAACAACGUUUUAUAUCUCUUACAUCCUAUCCCAGUGGACACAAAUCGGCUGGAAGGCAUUCCCGCCACACCAGUGGGCCGCAUUCGCAGUGUUUUUCUGGGGUCUCGUCUCAACGCUCCAGGCGGCUUGCACAUCCUGGGCCGGCGUGAUGGUAUGCCGAGUGUUCCUCGCCAUCUUCGAAGCCGCCUACGGACCUGGCGUCCCACUGUAUCUAUCCUUCUUUUAUCCCCGGGAGAAACUUGGCUUGCGAACAGGCAUCUUCCUGUCCGGCAGCGCGGCAGCAAAUGCGUAUGGGGGUGCCCUCGCAUACGGUAUCUCACAGGCCAAAGCCUCUAUCGGGCCCUGGCGAAUCCUGUUCAUCGUCGAAGGUGUUCCAACUUGUUUGCUGGCACUGGUGGCGUGGUUCUAUUUGCCUGAUGAUCCUCAUAGUGCCAGGUUUCUGACUGAGCGUGAACGCGAGAUUGCUGUUGAUCUGUCUCUUCGACAACCUGGUGAUCGCACGGGAAAGAAAGGAUUGCAGUGGAAACAGGUCCUAGGCGGCCUCAUGGAUUACCGAUCCUACCUCCCACCACUGAUGUACUUCGGAUGCAACGUAUGUUUCGCAUCCCUACCACUCUUUGUACCCACGAUUAUCAGCGAGAUGGGAGCCUUCAGCAGAAUCCAAAGCAACGGUCUCUCCGCGCCUCCUUACGUUCUUUGCUUCCUUGCCAUUGUCGGCACAGCCUUCGUUUCCGACCACGUCGGCUUGCGAGGCAUUUUCGUCGCGGGUCCCGCUCUCCUCGCGGCCGUUGGAUACAUUAUUCUCGGAACCACAACGGGCGUGGCACCACGAUACUUUGGACUCUUCCUAACCGUUCUGAUCUUUGUGUCCGUGGCCAUGACGCUGACAUGGGUCGGCAAUACGCACGCAACAGACAGCAAGCGGGCAGCUGCACUAGCGAUCCUCGCGACCGGGGGCCAAUGUGGUCCCGUCUUGGGUACCAAUAUAUUCCCCAAGUCCGAUGCCCCUUAUUAUCGCAAGGGUAUGUGGAUCUCAUGCGGCGCCUGCCUUCUCGUCUUCGUCACCGCGUGCCUACAGAUGGGUCUUCUGAUCCGUGCGAAUCGCAAACGAGAUCGCAAGUACGGUCGUGACCGGGAGGUAGUGCAUCUUGAGCGACCGACGGACUUUGGCAAUGAUAAACAGUUUCGCUAUGUGGUUUGA